AUGGAAGAGUCUAAGACCUCUAAAAGUGGAAAUCAUGAACCAAAGAAGAAUGUUAUUUGUGAAGAGAGCAAAGCAGUUAAAGUUAUAACUAAUCAAACUUUGAAAGCUAGAAAUGAUAAAUGUAUAAAAGAAAUUGGAAACAGCUCUCCAAAUAGGAAUAGUAGUAAAAAAAAUAAGCAAAAUGAUAAUUGUACAGAAAAAACAGAGAUGAAAUCAUGUAGAGUGAAUGCUGUUGAUAUUCCAGGGCCUAAAGAUUUGGGGUUAGUCCUUCAAGAUCAAAGUCAUUGCAAAGCAAAAAAAUUACCUACUUCACCAGUGAAAACUGAAAAGGCAUCUAUUUCACAGGCAAAAUUAGAAAAGAUACCCAGUUUACAGGUUAAAGCAGAAAAAUGCCCAAAGUCACCUAAUUCACAAGUAAAAGCAGAAAAAGCACCCAGUUCUCAGAUGAGAUCAGAACAGGUGCCCAGGUCACAAGCAGAAGCAGAAAAGGUACCCAGUUUACCAUUGAAAGAAAACAUGAGACAGACAGAAUUACAACAGAUUGGAAAAAAAAUUCCAAGCUCCUUUGCUUCUGUGGACAAAGUGAAUAUUCAAGCUGUAGAGGGGAAAAAAUCUGCUCUGCAACACUCACCGCAAUCGCAGAAUCAACAAACAUGUACAGAUAAUACUGGUGAUUCCGAUGAUAGUGCUUCAGGAAUUGAAGACAUAUCAGAUGAUUUGAGUAAAAUGAAGAAUGAUGACUCUAAUAAAGAAAAUUCUUCAGAGAUGGACUAUUUAGAAAAUGCCACUGUAAUAGAUGAAUCUACCUUGACACCUGAGCAGAGGCUGGGCUUGAAACAAGCAGAAGAACGCUUAGAAAGAGAUCACAUCUUUCGACUUGAAAAACGAUCACCAGAAUAUACUAAUUGCCGGUAUCUAUGCAAACUGUGCUUAAUUCACAUUGAAAACAUCCAAGGAGCUCACAAACAUAUCAAGGAGAAAAGACAUAAGAAAAAUAUUUUGGAAAAACAGGAAGAAAGUGAGCUUCGUUCUUUGCCACCUCCUUCCCCUGCCCACUUGGCUGCUUUAAGUGUUGCAGUUAUUGAAUUAGCAAAAGAGCAAGGAAUAACAGAUGAUGACUUCAGAGUUCGCCAGGAAAUUGUGGAGGAAAUGUCAAAGGUUAUAACGACAUUUUUACCAGAGUGUUCACUUAGGUUGUAUGGCUCGUCUCUGACUAAGUUUGCUCUGAAAAGUAGUGAUGUUAAUAUAGACAUAAAAUUUCCUCCCAAGAUGAAUCAUCCAGAUCUUCUGAUACAAGUUCUUGGGAUUUUAAAAAAAAAUGUAUUAUAUGUAGAUGUGGAAUCUGAUUUUCACGCUAAAGUUCCUGUUGUGGUGUGCAAAGAUCGGAAAAGUGGUUUACUUUGUAGAGUAAGUGCAGGAAAUGAUAUGGCAUGCCUCACUACUGAUUUACUUGCUGCUCUUGGCAAAAUGGAACCUGUCUUUACUCCCUUAGUGCUAGCCUUUCGCUACUGGGCUAAGUUGUGUUAUAUUGACUCCCAAACUGAUGGUGGAAUCCCUUCUUACUGUUUUGCUUUAAUGGUGAUGUUUUUUCUACAACAAAGAAAAUCCCCUCUUCUUCCUUGCUUACUUGGAAGUUGGAUUGAAGGCUUUGACCCAAAAAGAAUGGAUGACUUUCAGCUGAAGGGCAUAGUAGAAGAGAAGUUUGUGAAGUGGGAAUAUAAUUCAAGUAGUGCAACUGAGAAAAACUCAAUUGCUGAGGAAAACAAAGCUAAGGCAGACCAACCAAAAGAUGAUACCAAGAAGACAGAAACAGACAACCAAAGUAAUGCCAUGAAGGAUAAACAUGGCAAAUCUCCUUUAACAUUGGCAACACCAAAUCAGGUGUCCUUGGGACAAUUAUGGUUAGAGCUGCUAAAAUUUUACACACUGGAUUUUGCUUUGGAGGAAUAUGUCAUAUGUGUACGGAUACGAGAUAUUUUAACAAGAGAAAACAAAAACUGGCCUAAGAGGCGAAUAGCCAUUGAAGAUCCAUUUUCAGUCAAGAGGAAUGUUGCACGGAGCUUAAACAGCCAGCUCGUUUAUGAAUAUGUUGUGGAGAGAUUCAGGGCAGCUUAUCGGUAUUUUGCCUGUCCUCAGAGGAAGGGUGGAAGUAAGUCUACAGUGGACUUCAAGAAAAGAGAAAAGGGGAAAAUAAGCAAUAAGAAACCAGUGAAGUCUGACAAUAUGGCAACGAACUGUUACAUUUUGCUUGGGGAAAGCACAGAAAAAAUAAAUGUAGAAAAAGAUCAACCUGAUAAAUAUGAAAUGGAAUGUACAUCACAGAGAUGUAUCGUUGACAAUGACAGUUUGUUGGUAAAUGAACUAGAUUUCGCUGACUGUGGACAGGAAUCUUCAUCUCUUUCUACCAGCGAAGGCAGUGAAUUAGAACCAAAAUUGGUUAAGAAACAAGGUGGUUUAGUACCUUCAGGAACUUGUUUAAAAAAAGAGCUCAGCAAGUGUAAUUGCAUUGAUUUAUCUAAGUCCCCUGACUCAGGUGAAUCCGCUGGAACAGACUGCAGGUCAAAUUUAGCAGCGAAGAGUUCACAUCAGAUUGUGUGCACCGACACAUCUGCUACCUCUUGCAACUGCAAAGCUACAGAAGAUGCAUCUGACUUUAAUGAUGACGAUAAUCUCCCCACCCAGGAAUUAUAUUAUGUGUUUGAUAAGUUUAUUUUAACUUCUGGCAAGCAAACAUUUGUGAAGUACCUGGGAUAUGCCUUUACUCAGCAAACAUUUAUGAAUUACUGGCUGUGUCCAGAUGAGUUAUCACCACCUUUCUCUGAACAACACAACAGGGAGCAAAUUUUAAUUGGCUUGGAAAAGUUUAUUCAAAAAGAAUAUGAUGAAAAGGCAAGAUUGUGCUUAUUUGGCUCUUCUAAGAAUGGAUUUGGAUUUCGUGAUAGUGAUCUGGAUAUUUGUAUGACCCUGGAAGGCCAUGAAAAUGCAGAGAAAUUAAAUUGCAAGGAAAUAAUUGAAAAUUUGGCAAAAAUUCUUAAAAGACAUCCAGGUUUAAGAAACAUUUUGCCUAUAACUACUGCCAAAGUGCCUAUUGUAAAAUUUGAACACAGAAGAAGUGGGUUAGAAGGAGAUAUCAGUUUAUAUAAUACAUUGGCUCAACAUAACACAAGAAUGCUAGCUACUUAUGCAGCUAUUGAUCCUAGAGUGCAGUAUUUGGGAUAUACCAUGAAAGUGUUUGCUAAGCGAUGUGACAUUGGAGAUGCUUCCAGAGGAAGUUUAUCUUCAUAUGCAUAUAUUCUUAUGGUGCUGUACUUUCUGCAGCAGAGAAAGCCACCUGUUAUCCCAGUUCUACAAGAGAUCUUUGAUGGAAAACAGAUUCCACAGAGAAUGGUUGAUGGAUGGAAUGCUUUUUUCUUUGAUAAAACAGAAGAACUGAAAAAACGUUUACCUUCACUUGGAAAGAACACAGAAUCAUUAGGAGAGCUUUGGUUGGGACUGCUUCGCUUCUAUACUGAAGAGUUUGAUUUCAAGGAGUAUGUAAUUAGCAUUCGGCAGAAAAAGCUAUUAACGACUUUCGAGAAGCAAUGGACAUCCAAGUGCAUUGCGAUUGAAGAUCCUUUUGACUUGAAUCAUAACCUUGGUGCUGGAGUUUCUAGAAAAAUGACCAAUUUCAUCAUGAAGGCAUUUAUCAAUGGAAGGAAACUUUUUGGUACCCCUUUUUAUCCACUCAUUGGCAGAGAAGCUGAAUACUUCUUUGAUUCGAGAGUACUGACAGAUGGAGAACUGGCUCCCAAUGAUCGAUGUUGCCGUGUGUGCGGAAAAAUAGGCCACUACAUGAAAGACUGCCCUAAAAGGAAAAGCAGUUUACUCUUUAGACUAAAGAAGAAAGACAGUGAAGAAGAGAAGGAAGGGAAUGAAGAGGAGAAAGACUCCCGAGACCUUGACCCACGAGACCUCCACGACACUCGAGACUUUAGAGACCCCAGAGACCUUAGAUGUUUUAUAUGUGGAGAUGCAGGACACGUACGAAGGGAGUGUCCAGAGGUCAAGUUGGCACGUCAGAGGAAUAGCAGUGUGGCAGCAGCCCAGCUGGUCCGCAACCUUGUAAAUGCUCAACAGGUGGCUGGUUCAGCCCAGCAACAGGGUGAUCAGUCCAUAAGGACUAGACAGUCCUCAGAAUGUUCUGAUUCGCCAUCUUAUUCUCCUCAGCCCCAGCCAUUUCCACAGAACUCUUCCCAAUCAGCUGCUAUUACUCAGCCUCCAUCUCAGCCAGGAUCCCAACCUAAGCUUGGCCCACCUCAACAGGGAGCCCAGUCCCCCCAUCAGGUCCAGUUGCCUAUGUAUAACUUUCCCCAGUCACCACCAGCUCAGUAUUCUCCCAUGCACAAUAUGGGAUUGUUGCCAAUGCACCCUCUCCAGAUCCCUGCCCCAUCCUGGCCCAUCCAUGGUCCAGUGAUCCACUCUGCACCAGGCAGUGCCCCCAGCAAUAUUGGCCUGAAUGAUCCCAGCAUCAUCUUUGCACAGCCUGCUGCCAGACCUGUGGCAAUUCCUAGCUCCUCUCACGAUGGACACUGGCCCCGUACUGUGGCUCCAAAUUCCUUGGUGAACAACGGUGCAGUGGGGAAUUCGGAGCCAAGCUUUCGAGGACUAAAUCCUCCUAUUCCUUGGGAACAUGCACCACGUCCCCCUUUCCCCCUUGUCCCAGCUUCGUGGCCUUAUGGUUUGCAUCAGAACUUCAUGCAUCAGGGAAAUGCCCGAUUUCAGCCCAACAAACCUUUCUAUACUCAAGACAGAUGUGCCACCCGUCGGUGUAGAGAGCGUUGUCCCCACCCACCAAGAGGAAACGUGUCGGAGUAACGCGAGUCCGUUUUCUUUCAGCUGGUCUACCGAUGCACAGCAACCAGCCAAUCCUGCUGUCUCAAGGGUAUCCGUACCUCAAUGUCAGUUACAUUCAGCAGAAAAAGUGACAUUUAAUGGAAAGCAAAACAAAUCAGGUCCUGAUUUAAAAUUUUAACAUGUUUAGAUAGCUUAUUUAAAUUACAAGACUGUUUUUAAAGACUGUAUUAUUUGUAUAUAAAUAUGAACUAUAGUUUUUACUAGUAUCACCAAAUUGAGUGAUACAAAUUUCAUCUAUUUUAUUACCCUAUUUUUAAGGGAAUUUUAUGUUUUGUUUAACCUUGAUGAAUUGUAUAAAGAGAGAAUUUAAAAAAUUACAUUCUUUAUUUUCUAUUAGCUGUAUUCAUACUUUGGUUGCUUCAGACUUUAUAUAUUGUUCUUAAGAAUUAGGAAAGAAUUUCAUGUGUUUUAAAUUUGUCACUUCUAUUCUUUACAGAACCUUGUAGUGCCAAAAACUUUUUAAAAGGUAAAAAAAUAAAAUAAAAUUACAACAUGAAGAUUCAGAAUUUUUUUCUUUUACAUACUUGUAUAUUGAACAUAUUCAAACUUAAAGAGAAAGUUGCUUUCGGUUCUAUUUGAAGUAGUUCUAUUUUAAGUUAAUAAAUCUUUUUAACAACAGU